GGUAUAGUAGGUACACAUCUCUGGCUCGCGCAGAUUGUGUUCGGGCUCACCCACAGAGACCAGAACGCGGGGGUAUCACUCAGGGCAGCGCCCGGAAAAAACAACAAACAAACAAAAGCCGGGGCUCGUCGCCCUGAGGCUCGGAGUUAGAGUCAAGUCGGGCGUGUGACUGGAGCCCUGGCCGGCUGUGUGUGUGUGGCCUGGGAAAGGUGCCGUGGGCUGGCCCGGUAGUAUCGCCCGCAGCGUAGCGGGCGUUCGUUUGGGCGGGCGGUUCGAAGCGCCGGCUCCAGAGCGGAGGCCGCGCGGGUUCCGAGCUUACCGCGGCCUCAGGGGACGGGGUAGCAGGUGAGGCUGGGCUUGGCCCCCUGUGGUAUUGUCAUUACGCUCCUUGCCGUAACAUUGAAUCUGAGAAAUGGAGAGUGACAUUCUUCAAGUUUAUGAAGAUGAAAUUCAUUCUUUGGAAGAAGAAAUUGAACUGUUAACUCAAAAGUUUGAAAGCAAACAAGAAUCUACAUUUUAUUCUGAUGAAGAGAUACAAAUAUCAAUAAAAUCACUCCAAGGAGAAGCUAAACAACAUGAAUCCCCACCAGAUCUGAAAGCUGAACUUGAUUGUUUAGAAUCUGACCUCUCUUUUUUAAUGAAAUUUACUGGCAUUUGGUUCACAAAUUACUCCAAGGAAACAGUGGAAAAAACUGGAAACAAAACUAUACAGAAACACAGAUUAUCAGGAAAUUGCUAUUCACUGCCUUUUCAGAUGGAAUUUCAACUUCUAGAAAUACAGCCUGGAGUGCAAGUUAAUUGCCAGGAUUAUAGUAAUGAAAGCAUAUCUGCUGCUGUUACUGACCUCAGCAUUAUAAUGGAAUGUGGUGAAUAUUCAGAUUUAAGCAAGUUUGUGUCCAGUGCCGAAGAACGAGGAAACCUUUUGCUGUUUUUCAGAAGCCUUUCAUCCUUUGCUGAGUGGUGUGAACAUCGCAAAUGCACCUUCAAACAUUUCAAGUUCACAGGAUGGUCCUUCGCUGGCAGUGAAUCUGUUUGUACAGGGAAAGGAGACUUGUCUGAAAACCGGCUGCUUCCUUUGUUGCAGAAGUUGGAAGGUGUGUACCUGUUCUGGGUACUGGGAUGGUAAGGCCCAUCACUUCAACUGAGGCGGAGGACCCACAAAGCCCAGUGAGCAAAUGAUUACAGGGAACAAAACCUCAGUCUUGAAGUAUUACUUUGGGUACAAAAUUAACAUUAGUGAGUUCCGUAAAAAGAGAGUAAGUUUGGUUAGCACCUAAGUUCCAAACUAGUUAUGAAAUCUUUUGUAUGUUAACAGUGUUUUCCAUAGUUCCAUAUUCCACUGUUCGCAUGGCACAGUUGUAGCCGGUAUCGCAAGAUAUUUACUUGCCAGAUAUGG